AUGGAUGAUUCAGUUGAACAAGUCAAUUUGACAUUACACGUUCGGCUUUCCCGGCUUAUGGCCACGAUUCUAACAACCGUUUACGGGGUUGGAAACGAUUUCGAUGACACGCUCGUUCGAAGUACACAGUCCAUUCUCCACAGCAUUGCCGAACUUUCAUACGAUCUAACAGAAUUUUUAAACGCUCAUUUCCACGGGCUAGUCAGUCGUGCUUCGAAAAUGGCUAUUCGGUUGAUGCUAGCUCAUCAUCAUUGCGUGGUACUUACAACGAGACCGCUAGUGAUGUGCGCACUCCACAUGCAUAUUGAACGUACAGAGAGGCAAAAAUCCCAAACAAUCGGGUUAUCCCCGCCUGUUGCAUCCCUGCUACAAUGCUGCGCCGAUUCCGCCCAGACUAUCCUCCAGACCCUUCGUACUCUAGCUGAUGAUGACUUGAUGGAUGCAUUUUUACCAUUCCAAAUCGAAGACGCAUCGUCCUCUGCAUUUGUACUUUACCUGAUCCGUGCAAUUGCCCCAUCGGCGAUCUCAAACGAUGCUUGGUGCGACAACCUGACGCUAGUGCUCGAUAAACUAAUUUCAAAGGGUAACCUGGCCGCGCCGCUUCGCAGGCUUGAACUCAGGCAAUUGGAGCAAAUACUCGCACCCUUGACGCCGAAAUUGGCAAAUCACAAUUUGCCGCAAGUCAAUCUGGACGAAGGUAACGAAAUUCACGAAGAUCAUUAUGGCUUCGAUCACGAGGAGUUUGAGUGGGAUCUACUGGGGCUCAAUUCAUCCGUCAGCCUUCCUCCGCGGGAAUUAUUGGAUCUUGCAGAUCAAUUAGAUGUGGAGGGGAUCAUGCAAUCUGUUGGGGUUUGA